AUGGAUUUGGACAUUGAGAUGGGCGAUGCCGCGGAUGGCAUGCCCGAAAUGCUCGCCGACGAACCCGAACCCCGACAGACGGAGGAAAUUCUGCAACUCAACGACGAGCCUCAAGAACCUGGAGAGGUGGCAGAGGACGGACCCACGAUCGCGGCCGGAGAAGAAGGGGGCAGUGAGAGCAAAACUGUUGUGCCAAACAAAAUACACAUUCAUGGGGUCGACACCCUGCAUACAGACGAAAUCAAAGCAUAUGUCAGAUCACACUUUGGUCUCGUCGACCGGAUUGAGUGGAUUGACGAUCAUUCCGCAAACCUCGUUUUUGCCAACAACAUGAUAGCUCACGAUGCUCUGGCCGCCCUGAGUGCCAUGGAGGUUUUGGACGUAACAGCGCUUGCCGUUGGGGAAACUCUGCCGGCGAAGCCUUUUCACGGCAAGCCAGAAGUUUCGUUCCAACUUCGGUUUGCGGUGGAAAGCGACAAGAAACAAGCUGGGGCUGCGCUGCGCAGCCGAUACUACCUGCUACAUCCUGAGCAUGAUCCCGAAGAACGUCGAAGGAAGCAGCAACAAGACCGAGCCAGGUACAGAGACAGAGAAGGCAGCUACCAUAGCCUUGCUGGCCGGCACAGGCGCGACGGAUCAACUGAUGAUGCCGAAGUCUUCGAGGCAAGCAUGUAUGAUGACGCCCCCCGGAGUCAGCGGUCCCGGCGCGGCUCUGGCUCAAGGGACGCAACGAAUGCGCACUUGAGGAGCAAUCAUAACCACGGAAAGGAGCUCUUUGGAAACAGAUCCUCGCUGCGGAAAAGGUCAGCGUCGCCUCGUCGACACUUGGACGGCGGCGAUGCGCACCAGGACGAGCUAGAAAGAUCUAAUGACCGAAAUAGGAUCGAGGCGAGGUCGAUAAAGAGUGGCCUGGCCGAUAAUAGUAGUAAAGAGCUCUUUCCCACGAAAUCUUCGGGGAGGGGAGGCCAGCUGGACCAGCUGGAUCAGCUGGAGGAAUCCAUAGGAUCGGCUCGACUGCGGAUCGAGGAUUUCCCCAACGUCGUCAUCACCCCGGACAGCGCAACCGAUGACGCUUUCAAAAUCAAGGGCGCUGCUGCUGACGAGCGAAGGAAUCGUGGCCGAGGGUUUGCCAUCAAGGGAGCGGCGCUUGGGAGCGCCAGGGAACUGUUCCCCGACAAACUGGGCAAUAGGAACGCUAGCCAUGACUUGCCAAGCCCAGCACGCACCAAACGGAGGCAAAAAGCCCAUGAUCUAUUUUCGUGA